AACUAUCAGGGUUAAGGGAAGACCAGACAAUGUUAAUUUAAUAUCUAUUUCAUGUUGAUUGUUGAUUGUUCAUUUAUAAUUAACUAUCAACAAAAAAUUGUUACUUUGUUUUCAUUUUCAUGUUGAUUAGUAAAUUUUGUUAUUAUUAUUAAGUAAAUCAAUUGAUGUUUCCUUCAAUUUACAUUGUAUAUUAAUUUGAUUAAGCCUUAAUUUGAUUUUUGUUAAUUUAUUUUUCUCUCUCUCUCUCCUUUAUUGUUUAACAAUUUUUGUAUGUUCACAAUCAAUGGUUAUAAUUGUUAACUGGUAGAGUUAAUUGUUAAUAUACUAACUGUUGAUGUUGUUGUUUAUCAUUAUUGUUGUUGUUGUUCAAGUUCAUUUGAAAUCCUUCAUUUUGAAUGAUUCCGGAAUCAGGGAAACAACUGAAACAAUUCAAUGUCAAAGACAAGGCAAUAUUAUGCAAAUGUUAUAAAGGACUGAAUAUUGUGCAGAUCAUCAUCAUCUACUACGGAUUGAGCAAUUAAUCAAUCCAUCAAUGGGUUUAUUUGGUAAAAGUGGCUCUCACCCUAAAGACAAGGUUCAGGAUUGGAUCAGGAAACUCCGGAAAGAAGUCAUGUCAAUCGAUCGGCAAAUAAGAAAUAUCGAAAGAGAAGAGGCCAAAACUCGACUUGUAAUCAAGGAAACGGCCAAAUUGGGAGAUGAAGAUUCUUGUCGUAUCCUAGCUAAGGAAUUAAUCAAUUCUAAGAAAACAAUUGAUCGUCUAAUUACAUCUAAGGCGAGAAUUAAUUCUGUAAUCAUGGUGAUGAAUACACAAUUAGCUAAUCUCAAGAUCUCUGGUAACUUGGCAAAAAGCUCCGAGGUAAUGAAAUCAAUGCAAGGACUAAUUAGUGUACCUGAAUUGGCGAUCAACAUGAAACAAUUAUCUAAAGAGAUGAUUAAAGCUGGUAUUAUGGAGGAAAUGAUUAGUGAAACAAUUGAUCAAUUAAAUGAAUCCGAUGGUGAAUUAAGUGAAGAGGAGAGCAAAUUGCUGGAGAAAUUGUUGUUUGAUACAACACAAGGAAAGAUGGGAAACAAGAUAGAAUCAGUUGAUUCAAUAAUAACAAUCAAAGUAAAGAAUCAAAGAAAAUAACAAUUAAAUCAGAUUCAACUGAUAAAGAUGAAGAUCAAGACGAAGGAACUUCAAUUGUUGAGAUGGAAAAGAGAUUGGAAGCUUUGAGAAGUUAAAUUGCUAAUCAAACCUGCGAAUCUUAUUGGACACAAAAACUCAUGAAUCUCAGUAAUUAAAAAGACAAUCCAAGUGAUUGAAUUACAAUUAAUAGAUUUUAUUGAUUGAAUCUUUGGCAAU